ACACUCUUGGCAAACCAGUUUCCGUGAUCAGGGGAAGGAAAACGGUGACGGAACACCACAGGACAUAUUUCCGCCAAUAACAAACCUGCUAGCUUGACACGGUUUUAAAGUGUAUUGUAUUGUUUGUGUUCGUCAUUCCAAGUGUGUAAAAAUAGUUAGGUAUCGAUCCUUUGGAGGUGGAUCAAAUAUAAAACAUUCAGUUUAUUAUUAGAAAAGUACCAUAAUGGGUGAAUUUGUAACGAUAUGACGCUAUUAAUAAGCGUGAAUCAGCAAACAAUGAUUCUGGCUUGUGUUAGCUAAAAGGCUAACGCGGCGGCCAGCGACAUGCUCCUUUAGCAAAGUAACCGUUAACGUCAGUCAUGUUAGCUUGCUAACGAUUUUGAGUUAUUAGUAAAUAACGUGUCCUGAGACUAAUUCUGGUUCGGUAGUCAGAUAGUCCGUUUAUUGGUCAAAACUUAACCUAACUAGAGCAACCCCGGUUUUCAGCUGGUUCAGACCAUUUGAAGAUUUUUUUUUUUCCCCCAGCACGCUGAGUACUCGUAUCAAUCCGCGGUCCGGGCAGGGCCUUUCCGUGUGGAGUUUGUAUGCUCUCACUGUGUUCGCGUGGGUGCUGCGGUUUCCUGCCACCCCAAAGACAUACAUGCUAGAUCAGGAGGCUACUCACUGCAGAUUUGCAAAAUGAAGAUGUUCUCAGUGUCUCACAAGACGGUUUUUGUGGUGGACCACUGUCCCUACAUGGCAGAGUCAAGUCGUCAGCAAGUGGAGUGCGACGUGCUGACGAAGAGUCGAGGUCAAGGGGUUAUUCCUUUGGCCCCUGUGUCUAAGUCCCUGUGGACCUGUGCUGUGGAGUGCUCCAUGGAGUACUGCCGGAUCCUCUACGAUGUUUAUCCACUGCACAAACUUAUUAAUUACAUUGUGAGUGAUUCAGAGUUCCACAUCUUGAAUAGCUGGAGGCAGGAAGACCAGAGCACUCACGAGCUUAUGUCAGCUCUGGCAGCUGUUGGGCCACCAAACCCGAGUGAGGACCCCGAGUGUUGCAGCAUCCUGCACGGGCUGGUUGCUGCCGUGGAGUCGUUAUGCAAGAUCACAGAGCUGCAGCACGAGAGGCGCACCACUCUGAUGGACACAGCUGAGAGAGUUGCCAAUAGGGGUCGUAUUAUCUGCCUAACCAAUGCUAAAAGUGAUACUCAUGUGCGCAUGUUGGAAGACUGCAUUCAAGAAACUAUUUUAGAACAAAACAAGCUGGCAGCAGGCUCAGACAGGUUGAUGGCCAUCCAGCAGUGUGACCUGGUUCUAAUUCACAUCCACCCACAGGGUGAUGACGCGCUGGUGUCUGACAGACCAAAGAAAGAGAUCUCCCCUCUGCUCACCAGCGAGGUUCACAGUGUUCGUGCAGGGCGGCACCUGGCCACCAAACUCAACAUCCUGGUCCAGCAGCACUUUGACUUGGCUUCCACCACCAUAACAAACAUCCCCAUGAAGGAAGAGCAGCACGCCAACACGUCGGCCAAUUAUGACGUUGAGCUCCUGCAUCACAGAGACGCCCACCUGGAGUUCUUUAAAAGCGGAGACUUGCAUAUGGCCGGCAGCAGCACUCGAGAAAAUGGACUCAAAGAGACAAUUACACUGAAAUGGUGCACUCCACGAACCAACAGCAUAGAGCUGCAUUACUGCACAGGAGCCUAUCGCAUCUCCCCCACAGACGUAAACAGUCGUCCCUCAUCAUGUUUAACAAACUUUCUCCUCAACGGUCGAUCGGUGCUGCUGGAGCAGCCGAGGAAGUCAGGGUCAAAGGUCAUCAGCCACAUGCUCAGCAGCCACGGAGGCGAGAUCUUCCUGCACGUGCUCAACAGCAACCGCUCCACCCUGGAGGACCCGCCCUCCAUCAGCGAGGGCUGUGGGGGCCGAGUGACAGACUACCGCAUCACUGAUUUUGGUGAAUUUAUGAGGGAGAACAGGCUCAUGCCUGUUUCAGAGUCUUCCCAUGAUCCCUCGGGGAAACUACCAGCUGAGAGGGCCAAAGCUCAGCUGGAACGCCACACUCGAUACUGGCCAAUGAUCAUCUCCCAGACCACCAUCUUCAACAUGCAGGCAGUGGUUCCAUUAGCUAACCUGAUAGUGAAAGAGACUUUGUCUGAGGAGGACGUUCUGACCUGCCAGAAGACGGUUUACAACCUGGUAGACAUGGAGAGAAAGAACGACCCUCUCCCUAUUUCCACCGUGGGAUCCAGAGGCAAAGGCCCCAAGAGAGAUGAACAGUAUCGUAUAAUGUGGAACGAGCUGGAGACAUUGGUGAAAACUCACGCCGGAGCCACGGACAGACACCAGCGGGUAUUGGACUGCAUCAUUGCCUGCCGCAGCAAACCCCCCGAGGAAGAGGAGAGGAAGAAGAGAGGGAGGAAGAGGGAGGAGAGGGAAGACAAGACUGAGAAAAAUGGCAGCAAGGACACAGACGACAAAAGCUGGCAGGAGUCGGAGAGACUAAAGGGUUUGCUGGAUAAAGAAGAGCAGGAGUCUGAGGUGAUCAAGGAUUCCCCGGACUCUCCAGAGCCGCUCAACAAGAAGCCGCGCCUGUGCACAGAGGAAGUUCAGCCUCCAGAGAGAGCAAAAGGUCCUGUCUCGCUCCUCACCAUGUGGAGCAAUCGCAUCACUGUAGCCAAUUCCAGGAAGCACCAAGAGUUUGUUGGAAGAGUGAGCUCCGUCAACAACAAGUUUGAGUUGUACCAGCAGCUGAAAGACGAGAAUGGGAUGGAUGUUAACGAAAACGGCAAGUCCUCCAGAUGAUGUUUCCAGGGAUACACUGCUUCACCGCUGCCAAGGAUGAGAUUUCGGACCACAGUGUUUUGCCAGUUUGGUGUCACCUCACACCCCCCCAAACACGGACAUCAAAUUAAAAAGACAGUGAGCUCUUAACGAGGAAUUUAUACAUUUUUGUACUCAUUAUUUUGUAGAUAUGCUGUUCACAUAUUGUGUAACAUAAUAAAAGCUGUCAAUAGAGAA